AUGUUUAUUUCAGACCCAGUUAUCGCCUUCAAUGCUCACACGAUAGUGGACAAGUCUCCGACCCAGGGCCAAGUGAUCGUCUUCAGCAACCCGUUGUACAAUAUUGGGAGCGCCUACGACAGCGGUGCAGGAAUCUUCACUGCACCUGUCACCGGCGUCUACUUGUUCUCGGCACAUUUCUGCAUUAAAAACACCCAAGAUUGGCGUUAUGCAUUCGUCAUAGACAGUGAGAUGAAGGUCAUAAAGGGAAGAAAUUAUGAAGCUGAUGGUUACGCAUGUUCCUCGGCUACUGCAACCGUGGUUCUCAAGCAAAACGAACGACUAUGGGUGGAGUGCACAUAUACCGAUACAGACGACGUUUUCCUCAAUGAUGACAGUACUUACUACAGGAACACAUUCUCUGGUGCUCUUCUUCACAGACUGUUGAAUUACCCGUAA